UGAUGGUAAAGAGCAGCAGCUGCGGCAGUCGCAAGGAGCCAGCGGGACACAGCGGCACUGAGGCUCGGCGCAGAUGGAAUGAAACAUGGGCCCUGCGCCAUGGCUCGAUCCGGCAGCACAGGCGCGGACGGAGAGAAGUCCCGCGCCUCCGCGGACCGCAGCGACCUCCAGGAACUGUCUCUGGAGGAGGUGCUGAAAUCUUACGAGCAACCCAUCAACGAGGAGCAAGCAUGGGCCGUGUGCUUCCAGUGCUGCAGCGGGAUACGGCCGCCCCACCCGCUCGGCCCGGUCAUUGAGCUGUCCUCCAUCCUGCUGCACCGGGACGGCACCGUGACGCUCCCGCACGAGCAUCUCUGCGUUGACCAUGAAGGAGUUAGCAACUCACCGGCAGCUGAGCGUCAGCUGGUGCAGACUCUGGGCGUGGCCAUCUACAGAGCGCUGGACUGGGGGCUGGACGCCAGCGAAGAGCGGGAGCUGAGUCCUCAGCUAGAGCAGCUCAUAGAGGGCAUGGCGGGCGGGGAGGCGGACAGUGGAGGGGGCAGUGGCACAUCGGAUGAAGGCUACAGCGACCCAGAGGAGGAGGAGCUGGAGGAAGAACCUGGAGCCCGGCCUGUCUGCUCCCUCCGCCAGGUGAUGGCGCUGUGUGCCUGCCGCCUGGCUGAGCCUGGCCUGGCAGCAGAACACUACCAGGCUGUGUGCAGAGCCCUGUUUGUGGAGACUAUGGAGCUGCAAACCUUCCUCCUGAAGAUCCGAGAUGCCAAAGAGAUGCUGAAGAAGAUAAGUGCAGAGGACAGUGUGGAGGACAGGUCCACUGCACAGCUGGACACACUGCAGCACCAUGACUGGGCUCGUCUGUGGGUGCAGCUCAUGAAGGAGCUGAGGCAGGGGGUAAAGUUGAAGCAGGUGCAGGAGACAGCCUUCCCUCCUCUGCCAUCGGAGUUCAGCCUGACACCCUUUGAGAUGCUCAUGCAGGACAUCCGCACACGCAAGUUCCAACUGCGCAAAGUCAUGGUGGAUGGGGACAUUCCCACUCGUGUCAAGAGGAAUGCACAUGAGCUGAUCCUGGACUUCAUCCGCUCCAGACCUCCUCUAAAACCGGUGUCAGAGCGCUCCCUGCCCCCUCCCCCCCCACAGCCGCAGAGCCUCCAUGAGCAGGUCCUGGCUCAGAUCAAGCAGGAGCGGAAGCUGCGCCACGUCCCACCAGUCAGACCGUUCGGCUCACUGCCCUGCUUGGCCCAGCCCUGCUCCUGUCAGCCCAAAUCCAGCUCUUGCAUGGACUUGUCGGUGUCCCGGCCCCGCGUCCUGCUCAAGGCCCCCACUCUGGCUGAGAUGGAGGAGAUGAACAGCUCUGAGGAGGAGGAGUCUCCAGAGGGGGCAGAGCUGUAUAGGACAGACUCCAUUGGCCCUCUCAAACGGGACCGCUCCUUCUCCGAACAGGAUGUGGCUCUGCUCCGAGGGGACGCGGCAGAGCCACUGAGAGCCAGGACGCUGCCCAGUGCGAGACCCCCACCCCAGCACAGAGCCUCGUUCCCAGGCCAGGCUUGGGCCUCAGCACCGGCCCCUCCACCAGCCCCAUGGCCCCUAAGCGCACUGCAUGAGAGCACCGACGCAGAUCUGCACCUCUGGAUGGAUGAGUUCAGUCAUCCUGUGGAGAGUCUGGCCCUGACUGUGGAUGAGGUCAUCAACGUGCGCCGUGUGCUGGUCAAGGCAGAGAUGGAAAAAUACCUUCAGAGCAAGGAGCUCUACAAUAACCUGAAGAAAGGCAAAGUCUGCUGCUGCUGUCGAGUGCGCUUCCCUCUCCUCUCAUGGCCGUCCUCCUGCCUGUUCUGCAAGAGGUCUGUGUGCAGCACUUGCAGCGCCAAGAUGAAGAUCCCUUCCAAAAAGAUGGCUCACAUUCCAGUAUACGCUGUGGGCUUUCAUGUGGCUCCCAAAGACCAAGUACACAAAAGCCAAGUCUUCAAGUGUGUGCAUGGUUUGUGUGGGCGUGCAGUGGAGGAGGAGUUCCCUCACCUGUACGCCCACGGUUGCAGCCUGCGCGACGUCUGCUCCGACUGCUCCAAGUUUGUGGCCGAUGUGGUCUCAUCCAGCCGCAGGAGCCUGGACAUUCUCAACACACCCAAGAGAGACCUGAAAACUGCUCCUCCUGCCAAGAGGCCUCCACCAGCUGUACCCUAGACCCCCUAGAUCCCUCCAUAU